AUGGAUAUGUUCAGUCUUGGCGAGGGCAACAACACCACAUCGUCCCAGGAGCCCUUCGGGACAGGCGGCAACGUUACUAACAUCUCCGACGUGACCUUCAGCUACCAAGUGAUCACCUCUUUGCUUCUGGGCACGCUCAUUUUCUGCGCGGUGCUCGGCAAUGCCUGCGUGGUGGCUGCUAUCGCCCUGGAGCGCUCCCUCCAGAAUGUGGCCAACUAUCUCAUCGGGUCCUUGGCGGUCACCGACCUCAUGGUGUCAGUGCUGGUGCUGCCCAUGGCUGCUCUGUAUCAGGUGCUCAACAAGUGGACUCUGGGCCAGGUCACCUGUGACCUGUUUAUCGCCCUGGAUGUGCUGUGCUGCACCUCGUCCAUCCUGCACCUGUGCGCCAUCGCGCUAGACAGGUACUGGGCGAUCACUGACCCUAUAGACUACGUGAACAAGAGGACGCCCCGGCGUGCCGCUGCGCUGAUCUCGCUCACUUGGCUCAUUGGCUUUCUCAUCUCCAUCCCGCCCAUGCUUGGCUGGCGCACCCCGGAAGACCGCUCGGACCCCGACGCGUGCACCAUCAGCAAGGACCAUGGCUACACCAUCUACUCCACUUUCGGAGCUUUCUAUAUCCCGCUGCUGCUCAUGUUGGUUCUUUAUGGGCGCAUCUUUCGAGCCGCGCGCUUCCGGAUUCGCAAGACUGUCAAGAAGGUAGAAAAGAAGGGAGCGGGCGCCAGUCUCAGUACAUCGUCGGCCCCGCCCCCCAAGAAGAGCCUGAACGGACAGCCAGGUAGUGGGGACUGGAGGCGCAGCGCUGAGAACAAGGCUGUGGGGGCUUCAUGCGCUAAUGGUGCGGUGAGGCAGGGUGACGAUGAUGCCACCCUGGAGGUGAUCGAGGUGCACCGAGUGGGUAACUCCAAAGAGCACCUGCCUCUGCCCAGCGAGUCCCAGGCUACAUCUUAUGCCCCCGCUUGUUUGGAGAGAAAAAAUGAGCGGAAUGCUGAGGCAAAGCGCAAGAUGGCCCUGGCCCGUGAGAGGAAGACAGUGAAGACGCUGGGCAUCAUCAUGGGUACUUUCAUUCUCUGCUGGCUGCCCUUUUUCAUUGUGGCUCUGGUCUUGCCUUUCUGUGAGAGCAGCUGCCACAUGCCUGCCUUGUUGGGUGCCAUAAUCAACUGGCUGGGCUACUCCAACUCCCUGCUCAACCCAGUUAUUUAUGCUUAUUUCAACAAGGACUUUCAAAAUGCAUUUAAGAAGAUCAUCAAGUGCAAGUUCUGCCGCGGAUGA